GACAUGCGCCUCUUCCUCACGACGCCGACGCCGCGGCGCGCGGGCAUCGUCCAGUGCUACAUCAAGCGCAACCGGUCCGGGACGAACAAGCUCUUCCCGGAGUACUCCGUCUUCAUGAAGGAGGGCGACCGCUUCAUGAUGUGCUCGAAGAAGCGGCCCAACAACAAGACCUCCAACUACCUCAUCUCCAUGGGCGAGAACGACCUCAAGCGCAACUCGCACAACUACAUCGGCAAGCUCCGCGCGAACUUCGCGGGCACGGAGUUCCAGAUCUUCGACGCGGGCUGGAACCCCAAGGGCUUCGAGCCGGACCUCGAGGAGGAGGGCGCGCAGAUGCGCCACGAGCUCGGCGCCAUCAUCUACACGUCCAACGUCCUCGGCUCGCGGGGCCCGCGCAAGAUGCAGGUGUCCAUCCCCGCCGUCGACGAGGCCGCCGACGGCGCCGACAAGCCCCGCGGCAUGGGCGACAUCCUCUCGAAGAUGAAGGCCCACGAGUACGGCGCGGGCACGUCCCUCGUCUACAUGAUCAAUAAGCCGCCGCGCUGGAACGACCAGGUCGGCGCCUACGUCCUCAACUUCAACGGCCGCGUGACCAUGGCCUCCGUCAAGAACUUCCAGCUCGUCCAGCCCGACGACCAGGACGCGAUCCUCCUCCAGUUCGGCCGCGUCGGCAAGGACGAGUUCACCAUGGACUUCCAGUGGCCCAUGACGCCCUUCCAGGCCUUCGCGAUCACGCUCUCGUCCUUCGACUCGAAGAUCGCCUGCGACUAG